AUGGCGAGUUAAACGAAAUGUACGAGAGUUUAUUCCGGAGCCCACUGAAACGUGUGUUCGUUUAUGGUACCUUAAAACGUGGACAACCUAAUCAUGAACUUCUUACCAGUAGUUCAAAUGGUUAUGCGAAGUUCAUUGGUAUUGGUAAAACCCUAUACAAAUAUCCGCUGGUUAUUGCUUCCAAGUACAACAUUCCCUUUUUACUGAAACAGCCAGGAGUUGGGCAUCAAAUUCUUGGAGAACUGUACCACGUAGAUUCAAAAAUGAUGGACAAACUAGAUGAGCUGGAGAAACAUCCAUCGUUCUAUGUGAGAACUGAGGAAGAUAUCAUAAUGGCUAGGGAUAAGAAAGACGUCAACAUUGAAAAGAUAGGAUGUGUGACCAAAGCCUGGACUUAUUUUCUUCCGAAAUUCAAAUCGAAUCUCUUGGAGCUACCAAUGUACUCAUCAUACACUAGUGAGGGACCUCAUGGCCUCAAAUAUGCCGAAAGUCAGGAUCGUACAGCCAAUCCCGAAGAAAUCAUGUAAGAUUACCUUUAAAAGAGUGAAGAUCUCUCACCUGAAUCAAUUGUUAAUAAUUCUGUAAUUAUUUCAAAAUUUCUAUUCAAGAGAUAAAAAUAAA